AAUACUGCAAAAUUGUAGGACGGACGCUUCCCGCCAGUGUGUCUUGGUCGUCGGCCAAGCGCGCGCGCAGUCGAAUUUGUUCCGCUACUUUUACUUCAACUUGUAAAGUAAGCCGCGUGACUUAUUGUUUGUGAUUUUGUCAGUGAUUUUCCAUAAAUAACUGAAAACAUGCCUGACCAGGAAGUGGAGAACAACCGAGACCUCGUCAACAUCAAGAAUUGGCUUUGUAAGCAACCACACUUGCCGCAUGAUGUUGACGAGCUGCUCCUCAGGCGGUUCCUGGCGAGCUGCGGCCACAGCCUGGAGCGCACCAAGCGCACCAUCGACCUGUUCUUCACCAUCAGGUCCAACGCGCCUGAGGUGUUCUUCAAACGGGAUCCAUGGUCGCCGGAGAUACAGCGAGUUUUUCAAAUCACCGAUCUGAUCCCGCUUCCAAAGAAGACAAAAGAGAACUACAAAGUGUUCAUCUACCGGUUAAACAACCCAGACCUGGACAUGUUCAAUUUCAUAGACGCUGUGAAGACAUUCUUCAUGCUGGCAGACACCAGGCUGACGGAAGAAGAAGACGUGCCUGCUGGCGAGAUCCCGAUUUUUGAUUCCUCUAAUGUUUCGCUGAAGUUUAUCUCGAAGAUAAACCUGUCGGUUUUGAGGAAAUACAUGCUGUAUACGCAGGAAGCCAUACCUAUAAGACUGAAGCAAGUGCACGUGAUCAACGCGCCGGCAUACAUCAGCAAGAUCCAUGCCAUCUGCAAACCCUUCAUCAAAGCAGAGGUCGCUAAACUGAUAAAGUUCCACGAACCGAAUACGGACACCCUGUAUAAAGACAUCCCCCAGGACCUCUUGCCAGAAGAGUACGGCGGCAAGGCCGGCUCCAUCGACCAGCUCAAGAAAUACUGGAUCAAACGCAUUGAGGCCAAGAGGGAGUGGUUCCUAACGCACGACCAGCGCUGGGUGGUAGACGAGUCGCUCCGGCCGAGCAGCUGCCAGGACGAACGUGCCGAUAAAGUUCGCGACUGCCCCGGCUCUUUCCGCUCGCUCGCUCUUGAUUAAGCAAUUGUAAUACCUGCUGUCUAGUAUUAAUGAUACGAUGAUCAUAGGUGGCAUUAUAACUUCAUAUU